GAUGUUUUACCGCGACAUUUUCGCGCGGAAAGCCGGGCGUUAUUGAGCCGUGGAAAGCUUAAAUAGAGAAUGUGAAAUAAGAAAAUUACUAUAAGUGUAAUAUUUUUAUUCAUGCUUAAUGUUUAACUUGUUUCUGUGCUAGAAUAAGACUUCAGAAUAGUGUAAUUGUGAUAAAAGUUUUGCCCUCAUAUCUGGUAUACGAGGAAAUUUUGUUCUUUAGAAUUUGGAUUAAUUUGUGAAUGAUCAGACAGUGGAGGUUGCACCAGGUGAUCUGUACUCCUCAAUAUGGCGCAAGCAGGUUCCUCCUGUGAGGCCAUUGAGAAGCGUGCCAACUUGAAACGAAAAAGGAAUUCAACAGAUGAUGAGGUGGAGAAUAUGCCCCCUGUGAAAGUAACAGCUAAGGAAGAUGAUCUAAGUGACCAGCCAGGUCACAAUGUUGUAGUGGAGUCAUCAUCAUGCUCAAGUGAUGAGGAAAGCAAUGAGCAACCAAGAAGUGUGUUCACAGACAUAGAUUAUAAUGCUGAUAGUUUCUUAAGCCCACCGAGUAUACCUGAACUACCCAAUUGUGUGUUGAGUCCUCUAGAAAAUGUGGCGAGAGGUGAUUGUACACCACAUUCUAAUAAGAGGCCCAGUACUAGUAAACCUCUAUGUCCUUCACCGCCAAAGCGCAAAUGUCCCCUGCCAGGACUAUCCUGGGCAGAUCCCACAGAUGUGUGGAGGAGUAUGUGUGAGUGUGAUGUGAGGUCCAGCAUGAAGAAGAACCCCAAUAUGUUUGACAAUCAUCCUAAUCUUCAACCAAGGAUGAGAGCUAUUCUACUGGACUGGUUAAAUGAGGUUUGCGAAGUGUACAAACUACACAGAGAGACUUUUCACCUGACCGUUGACUACGUGGAUCGAUACCUGACCAACACUGACGACGUCCAGAAAGGUCGCUUACAGCUCAUAGGUAUAACAUGUUUAUUCAUCGCAGCUAAAGUAGAAGAGGUCUAUCCACCAAAAAUAGGCGAAUUCGCAUACGUGACUGAUGGCGCGUGCACGACAGAGGAAAUACUACUAGAGGAACUACUCAUACUGAAAAUACUAUCGUGGAGCAUCACCCCCAUCACCAUCAACAGCUGGCUGAACAUAUACAUGCAGCUGGCCAGCGAGGGCCGCAGCGCCAAGCGCCGCCUGCUGGGCGAGAGCGACGUCGGAGCCAACGCCCUGCGCGGGUACACCUUCGUGUUCCCGCAGUACUCGUCGCUCGAGUUCGUGGUGUGCGGCCAGCUCGUCGACCUCGCCGUGCUUCACGUCGACGUCAACAAGUUCGCCUACAGCGCCGUGGCCGCGGCGGCCAUCGCGCACGCCUUCAGCGACGACCUCGCGCUGCGGGUGUCGGGCUACACCUGGGAGGCGCUGGAGCCGUGCCACCGCUGGCUGGCGCCGUUCGUGCGCGCCGUGCGGCGCGCGGGCAGCGUGGCGGCCGUGCGCGGCGGCGACGGCGAGCACGUGCAGCGCGCCGCCGGCCUGCGCCUCAUCUGCCCCGACCUCAACCUGGACGAGAGCCAUCGCAUCCAGACGCACGACGUCUCGCUCGACAUGUUCGACCAGGUGUACCAGCAGCUGCUGGAGCAGACGCAGCACGUGUACCCGCCGACGCCGCCGCAGUCGGGCCACAAGAGCCCGCGCGCGGAGGGCGCCACGCCCGGCGCGUGCGCGGCGCGGGACUGACUCGAGGCGGCCCGACUGGUCGUGUUGGAGAUGUGGUCGUGACUACGAUGAAUGUACAGUUUGUAGACGAGUAAUCGUCGAUUUAGCCUAAUUGCGAAUGAUAACCCGAUGUAAAUAUAGUGUAUGUAUAGAGUAAGUAGCUCGAUUUGUUAAAAAAAAAUAAAAUUAAAAAAGAGCGAUAUAAUAUAACUAAAAUUAUUUAAAAAUUUUAUAAUAUCGUAAAAUUUAAAAGAUAAAAAAAAUGUGUAUUUAAAAUAUUUAGUUCGUGCGAAUAAUAUUUUUCAAAAUGCUCAUGUUAUAAACCUACAUAACUAUUUUAUCCAACAAGAAAAAUUCAAAUUGUAUUUAUUGUGUAACAUUAAAUGUAAUGUUAAUUGCAACUUCAAGAGAACCGAAUUCAAUUUUUUAUUCUAAAUAAAUCACAAAUGAUUAAAAUUAAUAACUAAAAGACUUACUUGGUGUGCCAGUGUGUGCUCUUACUACUUCACUAACAUUUUGUUAUUAAUUUUGCAUGUUUAGGUCAGGUCAGGUGAUUUGUUUUGAAUAAAAAAAUGCGCGUAGUGUAAUGACGAAAAUCAUUCAAAUGUUUUAUAAAUAUAUUUCCUUCACUGCAGUAUUUUUUACGAUUCCUACGUAUUUCAUACACAAUAAAUAUUUUUACUUUAUUUAAGAAACAUAUGUAUAUCAAAAAUCCUCUUUAUAGAGAUGCUAUUUUUGUUCUGUAAAAUACUUCUUAAAUAGUUUUCACUGGCAAUUCUCAAUCUAUCAAUAAAAUAUAUUUUGCAUUUUGAACAUUCCAGAAAAUAUCGUAAAUUUGUAAAAUUAGUUAUAUAUUCGAUUAAUUAAUUAUUAUCAGUGUUAUUACAGUAUCUUACAUUUUAUAUGCAUUACACGUAAUGUUUAUAAAGAUACAAAAAUGGAUUAAAGUGAAUGUAAUCGUUUGUAAUCGCUAAUAUAUUGUUUAUUAGUGUUUAACAUUUAUGUAAUUAUUUUAAAUCAGUAACGUUAAUAUGGAUUUUUUUCUAUAAAAUAAAAAUCUAAUUUUAUUUAAGAAAUCGCUUUGAAGCCAUGUCCUAGUUAAAUACUGAAGAUUAAACUAAUGAGUUGCACUCGAAAUAAAAUGUAAAUAAAUAAAUAUAAUAUAAAUUAUUACUAACGUUAUUGUACUGUGGAUUGAUAAUAUGUAAGAGACUGACGGAGACUCGUGCGUCUACUGUUAAAAUUUCAACUAAAUUAUAACCAAAGACUGUUUUGCUAAACAAUCUGAUUGCAGAGUUAUCUGCGUACUUUUAAGUAUAAUUAAUGACAUCUAAUUGAAAUAUUUAUUGCGACAGGUCCAGAGUAAUGAAUCAUUGUAUAUUAAUUUACAGAUAUGUAAUAAAAAAGUUUGUGGACUACAUUGAUUGAACAUUAUAUAUUUGCUUCAAAUCCCUCUGUUAGAAGCAAUACUAUAAGCGAAUAAUUCGUGACUUUAUUGUUUUAAUCUUUUACUUCACAAAGUAACACCUAUGUGUAUAUUACACUAUGUUUUAUAGCAUAUAAAGAAUAUUAUAAUAUUUAAUAAUAAAAUGAAUGCAGCAAUUAUUACCAUUCAUAGAUAGCACAAAUAAAAAAACAUACAUGUAUAAAUUAAUUUGACAUAUCAAGUCGAAAUAACCUUUAUUUAACCGAUAAUAGACAUAGUAUUAAGUAAAUCUGCUACUUGGCUUGAAAUGAAAUAUUCUAAGCGUUGAAAUCGUUGAACUUAUAACAAGAAUUUGUUAAAGAUUAAGAUAAUUUAAUGAAUUUAAUUUAUCACUUCCUAUGUUAUCUGUGAAUAGUAAAUGGUGUUAUCCGUAUUGUAUUAGCGAGCUCCGUCUCGAAGCUUGCUACGGUGAUGUAUAUUUGUAGUGCAAGUGUGUGUCGAAAUCGAGAGCCGGGUAUCGCUUCUUAAGUAGAUUUAGAAUUAAGUUGAACGAUUACGCUUAUCUCCUAAGGCGAUUCGCCUUAUAAAUAAGACUUAAAUUUGUUACUUUACAUCAAAAUAAUUUAACUAUAUUUUUAGUUUAAGUUGCCUUAGUAAUAAGCUAUUUUUAUAUCAAUUUAUUGAAACGAAUAUAAAAAAAUAGUACCUUUUUCAAUUGUAUUUCAGUAAAAGUGUGUAUGAUCUCAUGAGGUAAAAAAAAGGAAGCCAUGCUGAUUGCUACUAUUUGUCGUCACUUGUGCAAUAAAUAUGCAUUGAA